UUUUUACUUUUAGAUGUGCCUGUCUUAUAUAUAUAUAUAUACCCAUUAUUAAAGAAUCGCUGUGGCUGAGAGUUCGCUAAGCUGUCAAUGGCAAUGGCCACCCUCUCCGGGGCUCUACUUCUGCUCUCCAUUCUAACAGAUUUAUUUACUGAUAGCCAAAGCAUUGGAGUUGGGAUAAACUAUGGCCAAAUUGCCAACAAUCUGCCUUCACAUUCACGCGUUGCGAUGCUCCUAAGAUCUCUCAACAUUAGGAGAGUGAAACUGUAUGAUGCAGAUCCGAAUGUGCUAAGCGCGUUUUCUAAUUCAGAGGUUGAGUUUGUGAUUGGUCUUGGGAAUGAGUAUCUUCAGAAGAUGAGUGAUCCAAUGCAGGCUCAGGCCUGGAUUCAACAGCACGUUCAACCGUACUAUGGCCUAACCAAGAUCACUUGCAUCACUGUGGGGAAUGAGGUCUUAACUGGGAAUGAUACUCAGUUGAUGUCUUACCUUCUCCCUGCAAUGCAGUCUGUUCACUCGGCGCUUGGGAAUUUAGGGCUAAGUGAUGACAUUACUGUCACGACAGCUCAUGCAUACUCGAUUGUGAGCAAUUCGUUCCCACCUUCCUCGGGUGUGUUUAGGCAGGAUCUUGGAGAGUACAUUCAUGCUAUUCUCAAUUUUCAUGCUCAGACCAAGACACCAUUCCUCAUAAAUGCAUAUCCCUUUUUCGCCUACAAAGAUAGCCCGGAUCAGGUAUCCUUGGAGUAUGUACUUUUCCAGCCUAAUCCCGGGACUACUGAUCCAAUCACUAACUUGAAAUACGACAACAUGUUUUAUGCACAAAUUGAUGCUGUCUACUCUGCAAUCAAAGCAAUGGGGCACACGGAUAUAGAAGUGAAAGUUUCUGAGACGGGCUGGCCUUCGAAAGGGGACUCUAACGAGGUGGGAGCGACAGUGGAGAAUGCUGCACAGUACAAUGGUAAUUUGCUGCAACGUAUUGCGCAGGGCGAAGGUACUCCAGCAAAGCCCUCGGUGCCAGUUGACGUAUUUGUGUUUGCUCUCUUCAACGAGAAUUUAAAGCCUGGUCCAACCUCAGAGAGGAACUACGGGCUAUACUACCCUAAUGGGAACCCGGUUUAUAACAUUGGAUUACAAGGUUACAUUCCACAAAUGGAUUAUUCUGCUUCAACUGGUAGUGUAUUGUCUACUCCCGCUUUUCUUCUGAUUUUUAUACUAUACUUGAUACAUGUCUGAUAGCCUGAAAACAGAACAAAUUGUAGAGCAGAACUAUUGAUGCCUGAAAUGAUUGCCCCUAAUUCUUUUUUUUGGCUAGAAAUUGAUUAAAGUUAGUAUAUGAUUUCUCCUUUUACAACUUGCUUCAAGAAGCCAUCCCUAUCAAACCGAAAAGCCCUUCGCCUCGUUCAUACUGCAGACCUUUGAAAUCUAGUUGGACUGUAGAAAAAGUGAAAAACCAACCAGUUUUGCCUUUUUUCGUCAGCCGUUGAAAAUGGAGGGUGAUUAUGUUGAAUGAGAACAUUUUGGUUGAGUCAUAAAUGUGUUGCUUAAGCUAAUAAGCGAGCCGGCCAGCCGCCUUGAUGACAUAAAAUAGUUGGAGCCCAUAAUGUUUUGUUAUCUCUUGCAUCAUCAUCAUCAGCUGGCCAUAAAGAGGAUAAGAUUGAGAGGCAGAGGAAUGAGAUUACAACUGGUUUUGGGCACCUCCUCAGCUGUACUCUUUCUUCCUGGCUGGCCCAUGAAAACACACUAUCAUUUGUAUUAUUCAUGUUCACAUUUGUAAGACUCAUCUGGAUUAAGAUUCAAGAGUUAAUGAGAAUUCUUGUUUUGAAUAUA